UUCCGAGGAGAACGACCUGCAGUGGUUACAUACUUUAGUUUAAAUGUAGUUUAUAUUUUGCUCCAAACUGAGGGGGUUUAACUUUUAACAUAUAAACAGUGUGUUUUUUUUAACAGGAUGAACAUGGGACUACUUUCUUGUGUUGUUCCGCUGCUGCUGCUGCUGUGUGGAGCGGCUCCUCUGGAAGCGGCGCCCGCUAAAAGCAGCUACCUGCCGGGCACAGGAAGGUUCUGGCACAUCACUGACCUCCACCUGGACCCCACCUACCACCUGACCCCGGACCCCACUAAGGUGUGCUUCUCCUCUAAAGGUGUCCCGGCCACCAACCCCGGCAUGUUCGGAGACUUCCUGUGUGACUCGCCCUACCGCCUCAUCCAGUCGGCCUUCGAUCACAUGGCAACGCUCACAAAGCCGGACGACUUCAUCAUAUGGACCGGAGACAGUCCCCCUCACGUCCCUGCAGGCGAGCUCUCCACAGACCUGGUGGUCCAGGUGAUCGGGAACAUGACGGAGACAAUCAGACAACACUUUCCCAACAUCACCGUCUACCCCGCGCUGGGAAACCACGACUACUGGCCGCAGGACCAGAUGCCGACCUCCACUAACGCCGUGUACCGAGCUGCUGCAGAGCUGUGGAGGCCGUGGCUGCAGAAUGAAGCUCUGCUCACUCUCUCUCAGGGAGGUUUUUACUCCCAGCUGGUGAAGCCUGGUCUGCGGGUCGUCAGUCUGAACACCAUCCUCUACUACGGUCCUAAUAAAGUGACGGAAAACAUGACGGACCCUGCAGGACAGUUCGAGUGGCUCGAGAAGACUCUGCAGAAAGCUGCUCAGAGUCUGGAGAAGGUGUACAUCAUCGCUCAUGUGCCGGUGGGUUACCUCCCCUGGGUCAGAAACACCACGGCGGUGAGAGAGAAACACAACGAGCGGCUGGUCUCCAUCUUCAGGAAGCACAGUGAUGUCAUCGCGGGACAUUUCUACGGACACACACACCGGGACAGCAUCAUGGUGCUGCUGGACCAACAAGGUAAACCGGUGAAUUCUCUGUUUGUCUCUCCGGCCGUCACACCAAUCAAAAGUCUUUUGGAGCCGUUCUCCAACAACCCAGCUUUCCGCAUGUACCUGUACGACACCGAGGACUUCUCCAUGCAGGACAUCUGGCAGUACUUUCUGAAUCUGACGGAGGCCAACGAGAGACAAAGUGCUGCGUGGAGGCGGGAGUACGUCCUGAGGGAGGCGUUCCGAUUGGCCGACCUGAAGCCGCUCAGCCUUUUGAAGCUGGGUCUGAGCUUCAUGGAGCAGAGCACAGCCUUCGAUUCUUACUUCAAACACUUCAUGGUGGGCUACGACAGCAGCUUCACCUGCGGGGGGGCGUGUAAGAUCAGCCAGGUGUGUGCCAUGCUCCACCUGGACCAGCUGUCAUACUCCAGAUGUGUGGAGAAGGGAGGAAGAUCCAAGAGGAGGGAUUCAUCUCAGGGGCCACUUUUUUAGAUAUUUCUCACUCUGCAGGAAUCAUGAGAAGGGCCUUCUGGUAUCAAAGCUAUCCAGAUUAUAAACUGCCCGAUUACACAACUAAUAAGGUAUUUAAUACAGAGAACAUUAAGACAUAUAUAUUGAUUUAGAUGUGUGGAGAAAGGAGACAUUUAGAUGUACAUUUUGUUAAAAGAAAACAAAUAUAUAUGUUAAUAAUUUAGUUUUUGGGAGAGGGGGUGGGAUUAAAUAAGUGUUAACUUCUUCCCACCCCGUUUCAGAUGUGUAAUUAGGUAGUUCAUUUGUUUAUAUAUAAUUUGUUACCGCUUAAGUUUGUACAAUAUCAUCAUUCUCAUGUUUAAUUUCAUUAUUAUUUUGUUUUACACAUUCGAAUGAAAUCAAAUCAAAUCAAAAGGGAGGAUGGUAGCAUGGAGGAAGAUCUAAGAGGAGAGAUUCAACUCAGGGGCCACUUUUUAGAUAUUUGUUACUCUGCAGGAGUCA